CAUUUAUUGAGAGGCCUGCGUCUGAAUCAAACACUGCUCGCGAAACCUAUUUUUCGUGCAGUUGGCUGGCCGUUUUCUCCCACGAUCUUUUGACCAUAUGCGAGCAAUAUGAACAUCUUCAGACUUGCUGGAGAUCUUUCACAUCUUUUGGCUAUCUUAGUUUUAUUAUGGAAAAUAUGGAAAACAAGAUCAUGCGCCGGCUUGUCAGGCAAAAGUCAAAUACUGUUUGCCUUAGUGUUCAGCACGCGGUACCUUGAUCUGGUUUUGACAUUCAUCUCAGUAUAUAACACCGUGAUGAAGAUCAUCUAUCUUGUGUGUUCCUUUGGUACUGUUUACCUGAUGUUGGUCAAGUUUAAGGCAACAUACGAUUCCAACCAUGACACAUUUAGGAUCGAGUUCCUCCUUAUUCCAGUGGCUGGUCUGGCCUGUUUAGUAAACCACGAGUUCUCAGUUUUGGAGUACCAGCAAUGGCAAAAAUUACCACAUCCCCCAUUCCAAGUUGCUAUAGAGAUCUUGUGGACGUUCUCCAUCUACUUGGAGGCAGUAGCCAUCUUGCCCCAGUUGUUUAUGAUAUCUAAGACUGGCGAAGCUGAGACCAUCACCAGCCACUAUUUGUUUGCCCUUGGUGCCUACCGUGCUCUGUACAUUGUCAAUUGGAUCUAUCGAUACUAUUUUGAGGGAUUCUAUGACUUUAUUGCCAUCGUAGCUGGAUGUGUACAAACAGCACUUUACUGGGACUUCUUCUACUUGUAUAUAACUAAAGUUCUCAAAGGAAAGUCUCUGAAGUUACCAGCGUAAAAUGAUAGGGAAGAGGCCUUUGGUUCACCAGACGAGAAUAACAAUUUGCCAAUAAACUUGCAGAAAACAUAUCACUGUAAUUUUUAAUGUAACUUUAAUUCAUUCAGUGAGGUGCCCAAGCUGUUUUUUCAUCUUAAUUUUGGUGUAGUUCGUGGUAGGUGUUUGAAAAUUGUGCAGUCAGAGUAUUUAACUUGAGCUAAUAACUAUGACUUGGAAAGUCUUUAUCGCUGUCAUAUGUUUAACCUCCAUUUUUUUGUGGCUGAAAAAUAUGUUACUUUUCAGUGUGAUGCUAUAAAGGAAUCAGAAAUGAUAAACUUGAUUAAGAAAAACAAAACUAAGUAUUGAUAUGAACAAAAAGAUUGCACAAUCUUUGUCAGAUUUUUUGCAUGUUUACAGAGAUUGGUAUAUCAAUCAGGUUUAUGCCAUACAAGACAAAUUUAUUAUUGCCUAGGCCUUUUUCAACUAUUUUCAUUCCUUGCUGGUAUUGAUACUUAUUAUGCAAACUGUAAUAGGUACUGGUAAUCUAGAAACAAUCCAAUUAAGUUCUUUUGGAACAUGAAAGUUUGAGACAGUUCAAGUCAUUCUAAGCAUGGAAGCCCAUGCCAUCAUGUAAACUGCUGCAUUUUCAUGUCAUCCUGUUCUGAGAGAAUGGUGAUCACACCAGGAAAAUUUUGAAGGGCUGUGCCAACUAGCUGUAUACUUGUUUUAAUUAAAAUUAGCUUCCACUGUAGAAAUCCACAGUUAAACAGUUUUUCUCUUCAUAAAUCAAUUCAGGAAUCAUUUUAUCCAAAACUAACUUUGUGUACUUAAUUAAGUUAGUAAGGUUUGAGUAUAAUGGUUUUUGAGAGGAUGCGUUUAGUACUGUCAGUGUUAGAUAUUAUGUUCUUUUAAUAUGUUACGUUAAAGAAUAAUUUCAGGUGUUUUGGUCCUCCCAUGUUUGAUUGUCUUCCUUGUAAUUAAGCAGUUACUUAUAGAUUUUAAGUUAAAAUACUGAUUUUAUUCAUUACAAAUAGACCUAUCUUGCAUUUUUGUCCACCAGUCUACUUCAGGUUUAUUGAAUAGUUAAACCAUGAUAGCCUUUAUCAAGCAUGUAACCAAAAUUAAACUUGAUGGAAGUGAUUGGGAUCACAGUCUUGCAGUCAGUAGAGGUGUUUUCCUUGCAAAAAGUUUUCACAAGUGAAUCAGUAACCUUGGCUUAUCUUAUUCCACUGAGAUACUAAUGAACGUGCCACUGGAGAAACACACCAGAAAUAUCGUUACACUUGCCUUCUUACACUCCAAGGAGUAUGGAAGAAAUGUGAAAAAUAUCUUUUCAAGAGUGGAUGCAGAUUGAUGAAAGUCUAUUUUCAGCUAGUAGAGGAAAACAACCCAUAUGGUGACAGAUGGUUUUCACUAAUACCACAUAACUAGUAUAGAUUUGGAAGUUGGCUAGUGGUAGUGUAAAGUUGCAUUUGAAUGCCGCUUUACCAUGGAGAGAGCUUUUAUCAAUUGGAAAUAAACUUUGGAAAUUAUCUUUAAAA